AUGUCAGACAGAAGUUUCAGGCGACGAGCUCCGGCCUUACACCGGAAGAAUAGUCUACAAAAGCCAACCCCACCCCAUCGCCAGCAAACUCUGACGCCCAGAAGAUCAAAUAAAACUCCAUCAAAGCCGGUUAAGAUUCUCCAGAGAAGCAAUUCGGAACUGAUCCUUUACACUCUCAAACUUGUGUUGGGCAACAACCACAAUGAAACCCAAAUUCCGAGAACCGAUGCUCAACUAUUCGGCCGGGAGACUUGUAUAGACAUCUUCACUACUACUCCUCUGUUUGGGUCUCCGACUUCAUCACCGUCUCCACGUUGUUCCGAUAUAUACAGUAAGGAUGCGAAGGUGGUAGUGACGGUGACGGUGGAGGGAAGUCCGGGACCGGUGAAGAUGAUGGUGAUGUUGGGGUGGAGCGUGGAGGAGAUCAUAAGGGAUGUUCUCGACAAGUACAGGGAGGAAAGACGCACACCUCCCUUGGAUUCCGACUCUGUUUCCUCCUUCCAUUUGUAUCACUCCUGGUUCAGCCUUCACAAUCUUGAUAAGAAACAAACAAUCGGGGAGAUUGGGAGCAGAAGCUUCUACCUUCGAAAGAGCAAUGUUAGGCUUGUUAGCGAUGAAAGCAGUUUUAACUCUGAUGGUUUAAGAACACAAAUGGCUUUUUCUUCUCCUCCUCCUGUCAAGUCAGAAGUUGUUUCUAUGAGAGCUGCCACUGUUACUUCAAUGAUUGUGUAUCCUCCAUCAAUCUUCUCCCUAGGUUUCAUUGCUCCAUGUAUGCACAAGUUACUAAGAAGAAUGCUUAGGCUCUGCAAGUUAUUGAGUUGCAUGCAAUAGCCCAUCCAGAUUGCGUCAUAUUGCAUCCUUGCAUUAU